AUGGAACCAGAAAAUCCUGUAUUGCUUAAUUCCUGGCAAAUUAGAGGUGCUACAGCAAAAUUUGAAGAAUUUUUGAGAAAAAUGGAAAAGAAGCCACCGAAAAAGCCAAAACGUUAUUUUCUGCCGUUGUCGCUGUCGUUUGACGAUUUAAGAAGCAGGGAAAUAAGAAAGAGGUCGUCUGAAUCUUUCAAGAAACCAAAAAAUUCGUUGGCGUCUGUCAUUUUACUGGGCGAUACAGCGGAAAUUCCAUACAUUGAUGCCGAGCCACAUACACCUCCAGUAUAUGCUGUAACCCCGAAAACUGAAAAUAUAGUUGUGCAUCGGAAGACGGCGGUACAAACAAACCAUGGUUUAAUGACACUUGCGUUAGAUAAAAAUGCUAGAAGCAAAUUACGCAGUUUCCGAUAUGCGAAAGAAUAA